UUAGGAAACAGCUGAUCUCGAACCCAAACAAAAUAGUUUGCAGUGUUAUUCUUUAAGGCUAUCUUUAUUUUGUGUAAAAUUGUGUGUAUUUGUAAACAUAUAACUAUAAGCUAGUUUCUUUGAUUUUUUUAAUUCUGUAAUACGUAGAAAAUGAAUUAGAAGUCCUGAUAAUGUCAUCACUAAACACAUUAAGUUCUAAACAACCGUUUAAAUUUGUAGAAAUUCCCUUAAACAAGUUCACCAAUGAAGCCAUACCCCAUCAUAAAGAAGUUUUUAAACGCCAGAGAAAUGUCAUACGAGAGCUAAUUGCUGUUUCCAAUUAUAAACAAACUGAAAGAGAAAUUCAAGAAAACAAAAGGAUAGUUCAACAACUGCGUCAUUUAAUGUACGAACUUGACACCCUUCGAACACAAGUACAAGAUUCAGAUUUAGACAAAUUUGAUUCAGUAACAUUAUCUUUAAGGAAAGAUAUUAUAACAAUAAUAUGUAAUUAUACAGAGCUGGAAAAGUUUGCAUUGUCUGUGAUAUCUCAAAUAGAUAAAGAACCCUCCGAAUUAGAGAAACAUUGUUAUGAAAAUCCUUUGGCAGGAGUGGCUCAAAUACAACUGCAAGAAGACAUCAAUGAUAUAAAACUGGCUGAAAGGCAAAACACUUUGAACCAAGUGGAAGAGAUUAACAAUGAUAUAGAAGAGCUGCACGAUUUAUAUACAAAUUUAAAUGAAUUAGUUCAUAACCAAGCAGAACAAGUCAAUGAAGUUGAAAAUCAUGUUCAACAAACAAAUGAAAAUGUUACUUCAGGUCUUAAACAGAUUAUAAAGGCAGCAAAAUUGAAGAGAGUAACUUAUCCAAUAACAGGAGCAUUAAUAGGUGGUGUAAUUGGAGGCCCUAUAGGACUAAUUGGAGGUCUUAAAAUUGGUGGUUUAGCUGCUGUUGGAUGUGGAAUUAUGGGUUAUACAGGAGGAAAAAUUAUUAACAAAUGUAACGAAUCAAAUUUGAAAACGUCCGAAGUACAUUUGUCUGAAAAUAAAGAAAAUGAAGAGAAACUUAGCAACUGUGUCAAUAAAAAAGACAUUUGAUAACUUAUUUAUUUUAAAUGUAUUGUUUUUAAUGAACACCAAUAUUUAAAAUAUUUACAUGAAUAUUUUCUUUAAUAACCACACAAGGGAGUCGUCCAUAAAAUACGUCAAUCAGAAUUUCACCUUUUUGUACCCCUCGCCCCCUCUUCGUCACGCUAAGUUACAUUUUCAGCAACCCUCCCCUCCCUAGCAAAUAUUAAGUCACAAAAGCUACGAUUGUAAUUAAAUUAGCAAAAUGAGAAUUACUUUCUAUCGUAAUGCAAUUUUAUAAACUGCCAAUUAAGUUAAGAAAAACAUUAAAAUAAAGUUGAUAAACUACGAA